AUGGCUUAUUACCCCGACUGGGCAGCCCCGGCAUUUCCUCCGGAGAAGGUCGACUUCGGACGCUUUGACUGGAUUGACUUUGCGUUUGCCGUUCCGGACGAGAACUUCAACCUGACUUGGGACGGAUCUAGCGAGGCGCCGGAUCUCCUCACGCGCCUGGUGGCUGCCGCUCACAACAGUGGUACGAAGGUCAAGUUGAGUGUCGGCGGCUGGACUGGCAGCCAGUACUUCUCUCCCGCUGUUUCGGACGACCAGAGCAGACAGACGUUGGUAAGUAACAUCUUCGCAACGUACACCCAGUUCAACCUGGACGGCAUCGACAUCGAUUGGGAGUACCCUGGUCAAGACGGGAAUGCAGGGAACCAGGUUAGCCCGAACGACACGGCGAACUUCCUUUCUUUUCUGCAGCUUCUGCGUGCGACGCUCCCUGCCACCGCCAAGCUAAGCGCCGCCGUGCAAACCGUGCCCUUCGCAGACGCCCAGGGCGACCCGCUCGGCAACGUCUCGCAGUUCGCGGAAGUGCUCGACUGGGUGCUCAUCAUGAACUACGAUGCGUGGGGUUCGUCGAGCACUCCUGGGCCCAACGCGCCCCUAAGCGACGCCUGCCAAAACUCGACGCAGGCUAGCGCGAACGCUGUCGCGGCGCUCGAGGCGUGGACGGACGCGGGCUUCCCUGCGUCGCAGCUCGUGCUGGGCGUCCCGUCAUACGGGUACAUAUCCAAGUCGCGCGCCACGCGUCUGCGCGAGCGCAGAAGCCGGCACGCGCGCUCGCGGCACUCGCAUCUCCCGAAACGGAUGCAGUCCCUCCUUUCUGAUGAAGCGCAGAACUCGGCGCCGCCGGGCACGCCGCCGAUUUAUGCGAUGAAUGGGGAUGGGGGGACGCAGAAUGGGCAGGUUCAGUUCCGCGCGCUCGUCGCGCAGGGGGUGCUGCAGUAUGCGCCGCCUGAUGUGCUCGAUGGCAAUGAUGGUGCGGCGCCGACGAGCUUGGACGUUGUGGGCACGGAGUUUGAUAGUUUGUAUGAUGGCUGGGGUGGGUUCACGCGGUAUUGGGAUAACUGCUCGAGCACGCCGUUUUUGCGCUCCGAGAAUGCUGGACAGGUGGUCACGUAUGACGAUCCGCUCUCGUUGGGGCUGAAGGCCGCGUUUGCGAGGGAGAGCGGCAUGUUGGGCGUGAAUAUGUUUGAUGUCAGUGGCGAUACGGAUCAGUGGGACUUGACGGAUGCGCUCCGGAAGGGUCUGGGAUUUGGUUGA